AUGGCUAGCAAGCGUCACAGCCACCAUGCGAACAUCGGUGGCCAAGGCCAAAAGGAACUCAUCCCCUUCGGACCCGCUCUUUUUGAGUUCAUGCGUAUGCAUCGAGACGAAGAGCGCUACACCGCCGUGUAUUUUGACAUGCCCAUGGGGAAGACGCUUGCUGAGGUUGGAAAAUCGAGCAAAGUGGUUACUUGUGAGAAGCAUUUAGACCGACUGGCCGCGGUCCUCACCAUUCGAGCAGACGAGGAGUCGCAUGACAAGGAGGUCGAAGCGAUGUUCAGCUUCGUAGAGCCGCUGCCGCAUGCUAUGCUGAAGACCGAAUGGCUAGUGGAGGAAGACAAUCGCGUGGGGAAUGAGGACUUUACUGGUGAAGAAAAGCGAUUGGCAAUGGUCAAACGAACGAUCCUGAACCAUGGAGAACACAGCACCCCAAACGCCACCAAACGAACGUACAAACGCAUUCCGUUGUCGGCCAAGAAGCGCAUAGUUGAUGCGUUCAACAACGCGAUGGACUGGAAGCGCGUCGCUCAAGCGAAAGGCGUCAACAUCAGUAGCGCACGAAAUUGGCUGCAUCUGGACUCGUUGACGUCGAAACAACGAGGGGGAAACAAAUAUCACGACUCCUGACGGAGGAUAACGUCGACAUGCUGCAAAGUUGGGUGGAGCAUGACGUCCAAAUCACG